AUGACGGCAACUGCAAUCAUCUUUUCCAUGUACCACGCAGUUCAAACCUGUGUCGGCGCCUACACUGGUUUAUUUUCUGCCAUGGCCAUCUACAAUCUCAAGCAAAGAGAAGAGCAAACUGAACGAGCAGCGCAGUAUUCGACAACGGCGGCUAAUCAAUUGCACAAGACUAGAACGACACAAACGAGCGGAGCUGUGGCGACGAUCUCCUCUGUGGUCUCGUCUAUCAUUCUUGCUAUCGGCACAGGAGGUAGAAAGUUCCCAUUGUUUCUGAGUGUCUUGAAUGCAGUCGGUAUUGCCCUGGCGUAUCGACAUAUGGCGGAAUUCUGGAAGAACAAGGCCAAAGUCCCCUUCAUCCACGACUACAACGAAGGCAUUACCGCCUCGAAUAGGAUGAUACAAGCAUUUCAGAUCCUGGCCGGUACCUGGGCCCUUGCGAUUGUCUUGUAUCUCUGGCCAGGCUUUUCUUUUCAAUAA